AUGGACUCGGUCAAUGAGGAACCCCUGUUAGACUAUGGAUCUUCAUUAGCCGAAACUUCGCAGGCGCCCAAAUUUCCUGUCGAUGAAUUUGCCGGUCUCUUGAGGAAUAUUCUUAAGUCUGUACCUCAACUGGAAGCCAACAGUCGCGCAAAUAUUCGCGGUGGAAGUUUUACCAAUCGCAAGACGCAGUUCAGCUCUCUAGUUUUGAAGGCACCCGGUUCCUGUCCUGACAUCGCCGAACCGCCACCCAAGGCCCGGGAGACAAAUCAGCCUGAUCAUCACCCCUCCACAAGUCCACAGUUCUUGACCGCAAAACAGCAGGUUUGUUUCUAA